AGUUAAAAUGAAUUAUUUGGGCAAACCAUAUGUAGCCAUGGUUACAACAUACCAAAUGGCAGUUCUUCUAGCCUUCAACAACAGUGAAACUGUCAGCUAUAAAGAGCUUCAAGACAGCACACAGAUGAAUGAAAAGGAACUGACAAAAACAAUCAAAUCAUUACUUGAUGUGAAAAUGAUUAACCAUGAUUCAGAAAAGGAAGAUAUUGAUGCAGAAUCUUCAUUUUCAUUAAAUAUGAACUUCAGCAGUAAAAGAACAAAAUUUAAAAUUACUACAUCAAUGCAGAAAGACACACCACAGGAAAUGGAACAAACUAGAAGUGCUGUAGAUGAGGACCGGAAAAUGUAUCUCCAAGCUGCUAUAGUUCGUAUCAUGAAAGCACGAAAAGUACUUCGGCAUAAUGCCCUUAUUCAAGAGGUGAUUAGCCAGUCAAGAGCUAGGUUUAACCCUAGUAUCAGCAUGAUUAAGAAGUGUAUUGAAGUGCUGAUAGACAAACAGUACAUUGAACGCAGCCAGGCUUCAGCAGAUGAAUACAGUUACGUAGCAUGAUGUUGCUCUCCUCUGUGUGAGUGUGAGAAGAUCAUUGCCAUCACCAUUUGGUGUGUUCCUGUGGGGAAAAGAGCAGGCCUAUGCCUCCAUAAUUUGGUCAUUUGGCAGCCCCUGUUUUUCUGCUGUUUACAACAUCACCAGUGCCACGUCAUGAGCGUCAGAGAAAAUGCCUAGAGAUAUUUCAAGCUCAUGUCAUUAUGACAUUUCUUAAACCUUUAUUAAAGAAUGAGUGAAGUAUUGCUGAAAUGUGGAAAUUUGGUUGGGUACCAUGCUUUUUCUCCCCUUCACGUUUGCAGUUGAUGUGUGUUUUUUUUUUUUAAAUGUAUCUUAAAGGACAUAAAAUAAAAAACUUAAAUAUCGUAAUAUGACAGAUAACCUAAUAAUUGUAUCUACAUUAAAAUGACAAACAUGAUAUUGCUGCUUGUCAAAUAAAAAAAUAAAGAAAUAGAGUGCCUUUUUUAUGUGGAUGGAGUAUUACACUAAAUCAUAUAUAAAUGUUCCUGAGUCAUCAAAGCAGCAAAUGCAGCUUUAGUUGCAUUUUUAUCUGAAUGGUUUAAUUCACUUGUACUCCUACUUAAAUCUUACUGAAAUAUGUCGAUUUUUCUAGAGUGCAUAAAAAUGCAUUCAGCAUAAAGAAUAUUUUCUUUUUAAGGAUUGGACCUACAAUGGAUAUGAGCAUUUUGAAUAUUGAGGAUUUAAUUCCAUCAAGAGUUUCUGGUGAUGUGCCAUACCACAGAAAUGGAGUAUGAGGGGAAUAUGUGGUGACUUCCAGUCUGGCAUAGGAAGAGUCUUUGAUUAAAAAGUCAUCUCCUGUUUUCAUAAUAUAUUAUUUCUAACAUAGAAUAUGCUACCACUCUAUCGCCUUCCCCUCUACCUUUCUCUGAGUUGCAAGAGAUCCUGUCAUACCAAAAGAUCCUUAUACCCCUCUAACAUUUCCAUGCUAGAUUCAUAAGUCACAGCUAUGAUUAGCAAUGGAUAGCCUAAAUACUUUUUUAAAAAUCUGUAUAUUGGUACGUGCUGCCAGACUCUGUUGGUUAAGAAGGCGUCCUGGCCCAAGGCCCUCCUCUUGAGUUACCAGCUCAUCAUCAUGGAGCAGGAGACUACGUUUAUUUUAAUCAAGAAUUGGAAGGGAAACAAGUUGGAACCAUCCUGGGAAGGACCCUACCUCAUCUUCCUUACCACUGAGACUGCUGUUCGGACUGCAGAAUGAGUUUGGACCCAUCACACAUGGGUUAAGGGCGGACCACCAGCUUCUCCGGGUGGAAACACCUCAACGUGGACAGCCAUACCAGGACAUAGCCCCUUGAAAUUAAUGCUAAAGAAACUGUAAGCUGUCUAUUUGCUUUAGGCUCUGGCAAAUUGUAGGGCUUACAAUGUGGGCUGGGGAAAUGUGUACAAUCCGGAUCAUGCUUACCCAGUUAAGUUAUUGAUUAUAGAUAACUUGAAUGACUUGGCUAUCUCAGCCUUUAGACCAAAAGAUUGGCUAGGACUAGAUUUAGGAGUAGAUGUCACAGGACAAGAUUCCCUAGGCCAAUGCCACCACCAUGCAAAUAGAAGUAGGACAUAAGGGAAUGAAUGCCUGGGUGGAGUGCAUUAAAUAUUCUGUACACUCCCUAAAUAAAAGUGACUGUUUACGCUUGUGCGGCAGGAAGGCUAGAGGCCCAAGUGGAUAGACCUGAGACAGUAACGGGAUGGAAUGUAUGCUUGCCUUGUAUCAGGAGGAAAUCGCCUGGGGGAAACACUUCCUGUAAGACUCUCUCCCUGUUGCUCCCAUCCAACAGAGGUAAAGAGCAAGGACCCCACCACCACCACCCAAAACAAUCUGGCCCCUGUCCUGUGACAUAAACUAUACCUCCUGCCUCUCAAGGUGGGAGAACAGUACUCAGAGUUUAUGGGAAAUUUAUCCAGAUGUAUAAAUGGCCGAGUAUCCUCAGAAGCCAAUCAUUCUGCACUGCGAUACCCUGUGUUGAUAUCUGGUGGUGGUAUGGGGGACCAUUACUUGUGACCUUUCCCAGCACUUGGAGUAGAACAUGUGAUCUGAUACAAUUGGCUAUCCCUUUCACUUUGGCAUAUUGUAAAGUUUUUUCAGUAGACUAGGAAGAAGAGAGAGAGUCCAGGGGUCUCCUUUGAUCUCCAUAUUUACAUAGAUUCCAUUAGGGUUCCAAAAUGAGUUUAAAGCUAGAAAUCAUAUUGCGGCAGGGUUUGAAUCAGGACAGGACUGGUCCACGGUAAACAAGCAUGUGGAAUGGAUUAAUUACAUUUACUAUAACCAGCAAAGGAUUGUUAACUAUACUCAAGAUGUAGUUAAAGUUAUAGCUGAACAACUAGAUGCCACCAGCAGGAUGACCUCGGAUAUGAUUCUGGCAGAAAAAGGAGUUUGUGUAAUGUUGGGGGGCAGUGUUGUACAUUCAACCCUGACAGCACAGCUCCAGACGGAACCAUUACUAAGGCCCUACAGGGAUGAACAACUUUAGCUGAUGAGUGAGCUGAGAAUUCUGGAAUUGAGGAUCCUUUCUCCGAUUUACUAGAGCAAUGGUUCAGAAAGUGGGCGGGAAUGAUGGUAUCCAUAUUCACUUCUUUGAUAAUUGUGUUAGGAGUCACAGUCAUGGGAUGUUAUAUCAUCCCAUGUAUGAGAGGUCAUAUCCAGAGGUUAAUUGAAACCGCAUUGACCAAACAGCAAAAUAAUCUCCUUCUCCUGACACUGCAAAACAUUAAAGACAGCGAGUGUUAGCCGAGUUUAAAGAAGAGUUAAAUAAGAAAAGGGGGGAAUUGUAAGAAUAAACAAUCUUUUCUGUCAAAGAGGGAAGUUUGGCAGCUCCCCAUUUUGAAACAGCAAAGGUCAACUCCUCCCUUUGUCCUUUAAAUUAGCCAAUUGUGCAAGAAUGUGAGCUUAGUUCUGACCAAUCAAGAGUGAGGGACAGAUGAUGUUCAUCAGGCAUAAAACCUUGAGCAGACUGCCUGCUCAGUGUACACGCUGCCAGAGUCUGUCUUAGUACAUACCCUUCUGCAGAAGAUAUUUUCCUUGCAAAAAAAUUUGUAUAUUGUAUUACACCAGGUGCCACUUGUAUAGAGACAUGAAAUUCCAUUAUUUUGUUUAUUAUAUAUAUCAACAGCCAGUAUUAGAAUACUCUGGUCUGUUAUAUUAUCUAUUUACCCUAUUUUCCCCACCACUACAACACACACACACACACACACACACACACACACCUUUUUAAAGCUAGAAUCUUUUAAAAUAUUUUCCACACAAACCAUUUCACUUAUAAUACUUUAGUGUAUAUUCUAACAAAUAAGGCCUUUUAUAAAAAAUAAAAACAAUUGACUUUUA